UUAUAAACAAUGGAAGACUUGAAACAGAUCUAUGAAGACAUCCAGCAGAUAGGAAAAGGAGCUUUCGGAAAAGUUUAUGCUGUCACACGUCCAGAGUCUCAAGAGAGAUUCGCUCUUAAGGUAGUCGAAGUAGGCCCCAGAGUGACUAAGGCAGAACGAGUUUUGAGAAAUGAGAUCGAUAUGUUACAGAAGCUUUCACAUAAGUCUAUCAUAAAAUAUCUCGGGGAAGGUCCCCAGCCUAGCUUGAUUAAGUGUACAGCCUUUGACGACGAGAGUAGUGUGAGCUCAGCUGACCAGCCAGAGUCAUUACUCCUGUGUCCAUUAGAAUUAUGUGAGGGAGGAUCUCUUCAAGAAUACAUCAACAAUGUAUCAGAAAUAUCUGAAGAUAGUACUGAUGGUACCGGUCGCUGUCUCUCUGAUGAGGAUGCUAGUAUUGUGAUGAAGAACAUCCUUGAAGCAGUUUCUUACUUACACAACUUAGGCAUUGUACAUCGUGACUUAAAGCCUGAAAACAUAAUGUUCAAAUCAAAAGGUAACCAGUAUACAUCUCCUGAUUUAUCAAUCCGGCUGAUAGAUUUUGGAUUGUCUACUUACCAAGGAGAGAGUUAUUCGCAGGCCCCCUUGGACAUGCACUGAGGAACAAUGCCGUAUAUGGCCCCAGAGAUGGCUAACAAGCAAGGAUACAGCAAAAGUAUCGACAUUUGGGCUUUAGGUAUCAUCUUGUACAACUUGAUAUCUGGCGGCAAGCACCCUUUGUAUCAAAAAGGUGAAAACAAAGAUGAAUACAAACAAAGAUUGAAGCAGAAGCAAAAGUUAGAGUUUGAUAACUCCUUCUCAGAUCUGGCUAAGGACCUUAUCAAGAAGAUGUGUGCAUACUCUCCAGUGUAUAGGUAUAACAUAGAUCAAGCCCUUAAGCAUCCUUGGAUCACUAGGUCUCAAGAGACCAAAGUUCCUCUUACAUAUUUGGAGAUAAUUAAAUAUGGCGAGAGCCAAGAGCGUCUCAAAAUCGCAAUGAUGAGUUGCUUUUCCCUUUCAGUGUUGAAGGAGCGUGGAUUCAGUGGUCAGCUCAAGUCUGUAUCCCCUUUCAAAAACAAAGCUAUCAAGAACAAGUUAAAACUGAAUCAACAACAAAAUAAGAUAGAUGAUUAUAAGGAACUUAUAAAUAAGUUCUCUGAUAAAAUUGAAGAAUGGCACAAAUCCUUAGUUGAGAAAAAGCAAGGGAGAUUUGAUAAAGACGAAGAAUUUAUUGACCUCCAGCCUUCGCCUACUAAGUUCCAGUCGGAAUACUCCUCUAGCUCUGGAGAUUACUCUAUUUCGAAAGAUUCCACUAAUGCAAGAUCACCGAAAAUGUCUAGAUUUGAUACAUCUCUGCUAGAGAAUUCCAAGCGGGGAAUCAGAAUUUCCAACAGGAAGAGCAAGAAUAGCAUAAAAGGGAAAUUUAAGAGAAGUUCAACCUACUUCUCCAGCACAAAAUGCCAGUCUCCAGAUAUCAAGAAUAGGAAAUCUUUCAAAAAAUUCCUUAAAGGAAGUCCAAAUGAGAAGCGUUCUUUCAGAUUUCACAAGAAAGAUCUUGUAAAAUGCUUCAAUAACGAUUUCUUCAUCCAGCUAAAGCCAACUGAAAAGAAAGAUAUUUGCUCUAAUGAGACUCAAGAUGAGGAUGUAACCCCGAUUCUGGUUAAAGAGAACAAUGUUAUCCAGGCUUUGGAGCCAGAAGCUCCUGUCUUAAAAUCAAAAUAAGAACAACUAUAUGAAGCAAAACACUAUAUUUCAUAAUUACUUUGCUACUAGAUAUGGUAAUGAGGAGGAAUUAGGUGACGACUUCACACACAAAAGUUUAUCUCUAAACCGCCCGAAAGGGCUCUCCACUGGUGUGUCCCAGAAAGAUCACCUAGAUUCUGACCUGCGGACGAGAAAGCUAGAGUCUUUCCGAGUUGAUGACCAGAGAACUGCUAUCAGCUUGAGCAAGAGAAAGCCUAAAGCGCUCCGUAAACCUCAUAAUAAAAACAACUCGCAAUGGAAAGUUUUAGAGACACAGAAAAAUACAGAAAUGAACUUACCAGAUAUUUCAAAAACAAGGUCAAAUUUCUCAGAAAACUCAUCGUCAAUUGACAAGAUCAAGGGAAAAUCUUUCAAGAAGAAGAACUCAAAGAUUACAGUAAGGGGUGAUCAGUCUUACUUUGAGAGAGCAACAAAGAAAGUUAUUAAUCGGAGGGCGAUAAAAUAAGAAAUCUAGCUUCAAAAAUAGUGACAGUGAUUUCCUCAACCAAUUGGUUGAGGAGUUUGGAGACACUAAAGAAACCAAUUAUUCCACUUAUCAUGAAUCCCUCGCACGUCAAAAUGCUAAUAUUAGCACUAGGAUAAGGAAGAGGUCAGAGCGAAGUAAGAGAAGGAUACCUUCUAAAUUUGUUCUUGAGCCAGCAAGCAACAUGAUCGCCAAGAAUAAGGCCAAUAUAACCUUAAUUAAACGAAGGAAUGGUGGCAACCAUUUCUAAUCUUGAUCCAAUGGUAUUGAUGAAUGUGCUGGAUUCAUCCUUGUGCAGGCUUUAGCAAUUGGUAAAGAUCGUAACACCUUCAUAAUAAUCUGAGAUCUCAAUUAUAUG